CCUAGAGGUUCACAAAAGCAAGUCAGAGCAGCUGUAGUUUUUUUGGGAUGAAAUUAUAAUUUCAGCGAGAGAGAGCGCGCACGUUUCCGUUCGCUAUAUUUUUGCAAUAGUCAACUACAUAGCUCCAAAACCUUGGUUCUAAAGAGUUUUGACUUUAAAAAUAUAUAUACAAAUAUAUGGUUGUAAAAUAUAUGGUUAUAAAAAUAAAAAUAUAUAUAUAUAGGUUUCUAUAUAUUUUUUUACAACCAUCGAUUGGGACCAUUAUAUCCAGGGAACCUGCUGCAUCACUGUGUACAGACUGCGAGUCGUGCUUCAAAGACGCGUCAACAUUUUCCACAGGCGUAGGCUCGCAGUUUCAGGAGAGAGUUUGUAAGAAAUUGGACCAAAGUGACAGAAGCCUGCUGGAUUUCUACGGAGUAUUGAAACAAUCGUUCGCUUGCCUGUGGAUAGUAUUACGUUCACAAAUAUACUGUAGCUAUAGUGUAUCUCUCUCUCUCUUUCUCGUGCGCGCCUUCCCCCACUCCCUACUCCCCCUUGACAACGGAUUAUUAUAAAGCUGCUACCAUCGACAUGUCGACCACAGAUGCAGGAACCCCGGGAGCCCCUGAGGGAGAAGGGGGGCCCCCGGCCCCAGCCCCCAACCUCACCAGUAACCGACGACUACAGCAGACGCAGGCACAGGUGGACGAGGUAGUAGACAUCAUGCGUGUGAACGUGGACAAGGUGUUGGAGAGGGAUCAGAGACUGUCGGAGCUGGACGACAGGGCUGACGCUCUGCAGGCCGGGGCCUCACAGUUUGAGAGCAGCGCUGCCAAGCUGAAGAACAAAUACUGGUGGAAAAACCUCAAGAUGAUGAUCAUAAUGGCUAUCAUAGGAGUCAUAUGUGUUGGCGUUGUCUUCUUGUAUUUCUAUUACUGAGCUGGUCUCUUCUGGGACGGACAACAAGCGCAAGACCAGAUACCAGAAUGAAGCCAAAUCCACGAGUGUGAAUCCUGCCUUCCCUUUCCUCCUCCUCUCCUUCAUCCCUCUCUUCUUACCGAUGCCUUCCAUCCAUAACCACCAUGCACGUGUAGACGUUGGCGCAGUGCCUCUCCCUCUUCUUUCCUCACGGUCGUUCUCUGCCGUUGUGUCCUUGAGCGAGGUACUUAAGCCCUACAAUUGCUCUGGCGGCGCUGCUUUGUGGCUGACGCUGUGCUGCUCCGGACAUUGUGGGUGGGUGUAAGGUUUGGUAUUGUGACAGCAAAUUGAUCGACUUCUGUUGUAAAAUGGACAAUAAAGUAUCUAUUCUAUUGUU